CUCCGCCAAUUGUCCUCGACGUGAAUGGGAAAUAGUUAGCCGGCGGAGCCGAGGAGGUAACCAGCCAGUAGUCCUGUUAAACAUGGAGGAUGAGGAGGUUGCAGAGAGCUGGGAAGAGGCAGCGGACAGCGGGGAAAUAGAGAGAAGGCUUGAAGCUAAACUGAAAAUAAAUCAGGAGGCAAAGAAGUCCAGGUUGGGUUCAGGUGGUUCACCUGUGCAAACUGCUAUAGUAAUCCAGGAUGACUCUCUGCCUGCAGCACCCCCACCACAAAUUCGAAUUUUAAAGCGUCCUUCAAAUAACGGUACCACAGGAAACCCUGCAUCCUCGUCUCGUCCCUCUCAGCAGAUGAAGUCUUUGGCCCAGAGGGAGGCAGAGUAUGCAGAAGCCAGGAGAAGGAUUUUGGGUAGUGCUUCUUCAGAGGAAACUCCUCAGGACAAUCCAAGCCAGGACAGGCCAACUCGUCUGAGUGCGCAGCAACCACCAGAACCAGUUCGUCCAAACAAUCAUGUGAUCCGCCAGCCCACCGGCCCAGAUGGCACCUCAGGCUUUCGACUGUGCAGAUAAACUGGAGCUGCCUGCUGCAAGGAAACAGCUGUCUCCCUGAGAGGCCAUGAAGGGUGGCAGUUAAAGGGGUUGUCUGUGAUAUGAAGAGCAGAGUGGUGGGAUGACAUAAAAUUUGACAGACAUUAGAAAUAUGAAGGCGUUGCAUGGAUUGGGACGAUCUUCUCCACCCUCUCUCUUCUCUGCUUACUGGCAUGGUCUUUGCCUUUCGCCUUGUCUUCUCCCUUAUGUGGAUCGUUGCAAGGGGCUGGCAGAGAUCAGCCAAAGAUCUGAAACCCCUUCUGUUCCACACUGUGAACAGGUUUUUGCCUCACAUCCCUACACACUGUGAUACUUCGAUGUACCAUGAGGUGCCCUAUGAUUUUAAGUCUGAUUGGCCGGCCGAGUGCCAGGGUAUCAGGUGUCUGUCUCUUCAGGGAGAAUAAAGAGAGCUUGUGAAUCUGUGGGAAUUCCCCAGAGACAUGCAAACAAACAAACGGGCCUUUCCACUGAUGGUGCGUGGAUUAUGGCUGGGUGUCCACCGGGAAGCUGGCCUCAGUUUGUUGGGUUCAGUGGAAAUUAAGUGCUUGACAGUGCCGAGAGUUUACUGUGUGUUCAGCAGCUUCAGAACGAGGUGAUAGAAAGCCCUUUGAGUAAAAGUGCCCUGUGCUCAAAAGUGUGUUUUGAUACUGUAGUGGCCCAGACCAGCACUUUCAACAGUCCAUAGGCCUCUGUUUGGCACUGGUGGCUAUUGGAGAAACGCCCGGUGGGCACACAGCCUGUGGCCAAAGAUUAUAGAUCGGAAGGACAGUGUCACUAAAUCUAAGCUUAUUCAAGCAAUAAUAAUGAAAUUACUCCCUGAAUUUUGUUUGUUUUUUUAUGUAUUGACUAAUUACCUGUGCUGUGUUUUGUUUUAAACAGUUUACAUAGUAUUUUUCAUGUUUGUGUGUGUUUUUCUUUUUUUCUUUUUUUUUGAGUCAUAGUCUGUUUAAGUCAGGAGAUCAGUAGUUUGUACCAGAAUAGAUGAUGUAGUCUGCAUAGCAAACUUUACUUGUAGAGUCAUAUUAAAGUUCAUCAAAUAGGAAUAAGUCGGACCUAUCCAUGAAUUGAAAGAAGUAAUCAUGCAUCUUUGUCUUUGUUGUCUCACUGCUUCUAAUCGGUAUAGCUUAGUUGGAGCUUCUCUUACAGCCAAAUGCAAUUCAUCUGUCCAGCAAAGAAGACUUUGUUGCAGUAUGUGGACUGACGGUGUGCUAUUAAAAUGAUGGUUGUUAAUUGUUCAGAAAUAACAGUUUCAUGCCAAGCGUGUCAUAAUCCCAUGCUUCCUUUUGGCAAAUAUUCUGUCGGGGUCAGGGAAAAGUGUGAUUUAAACUAUGAAAAUUAUAUAGAAAUAAUAAUGGAAAUCUCACCUUUUAAUCAGUGUCCUGUAGAAGGAAGCCAGAUUCCACUUUCUGGUUUAGAUGAAUGUCCUCAGUGCUGUGUGUUUUGAUUUUGUUUUUUCCGCUCCAGGGUUUUACAACAUUGUCUGCUUUUUUGCAUCCAAUUGAAAAUGAAAGUUUGCAAACCAUGAAAUCAAUCAUGUAAUCAAUUACUGAUGACUUGCUAGUACUGACAGUUAUUGAAAGGUUCACAAUAAAUGAACCUGCAGCAAAUUUUUAACCUUUUAACACUUUGCCUUAAAUAACAAUUAUCCCUGGUUACAUUUUCCAUGGAUAGUUAUGUGUAGUUCAUGCUGGUUAAUCUUGCUUUUUGUGCACAUGUAGUAGGGCAAUUAUUUUGUUGUAAAUCCUACAUCCUACAUAUGUAAAUCCUAGAUAAUUGAUGCACAGUUGAUAGCCACACUGACCUAGAGUUAUAGGAAAAUACGAAACCACACUCAGUAAAUGUAAAGCAAAGCUUCUCUUGGAGAAGUGCUCCAUGGCUUUGCUUUCACCAUAAUUUGUCCCAAUAAUUCCAGGUAAAUAGAUUAUUCGCAGGAAGUGUAAUGAACUGAAACUAUAAUUAACAGUAAAUUAAACACCUUGCAGUGAGCGAAUCUGCUAUAGAGCAAACUGUUCAAUAUGGCAAAAACUGCUGCAUUUGUUCCACCUAUUCAACCUCACUACCUGCCAAAGAAUAAGAAACUUCAGGUCAGAGGAGUGCAUCGUUCACUAAUGAUCUCUGGGAAUUUAAGUUAGAGUAGAACUGAAGUUUUUUUGCUGUUUGAGGACAGAAAGCUAAUAAGUUCUCUGUUGCAGUUCUAAUAUCUCGGUAUUUUUGUUUUAUGAGAUAAUAUACGCUGUUUGAAGGAGUGACAUGAAAGGUUGUAACGUCACUGAUUUCUAUUCAUGCGUGUAAUACACUCCUCCCAGGGACUGGGAUGAAAUGAGAGGGGUUUGUUAUAAAUUUAAAUUGAUCACUAAAAGCAAAUGACCAUGCUGUAUAUGUGUGAUUUUACCCAUGAUGCUUUGUUUCAGACAUUCACAGCUCCUGUUGUGUUUGUGGCUGGUUUGAUGUCAUUGUUAUUUUGAAACUUGAAAAACACAUGAAAUUUGAAUACCCUUUAAUAAACACACUUCAAGGAGA